AUGUUGCCAUGGAUUGCCCGGCGCCCCAUUGAUCGUCAGCGGCGCGCGUUAGCUUGGCCGCCUUCAACACGACAAAACGACUGCCAAGUCAGGCACUCGUGGCGGAUAUGCAGCCUCAUCUCGGAGGCAGUAACAGCAGCAACGGGCGAGAGAUGCAUGUUUGCGCACGCAAUACAGUCCAUGUACUCCGUAGCCAAAAUAGGUAUUGAUGGGUCUGCGGGCCUGGACUUCCAGAACCCUCCAUGCGACCACCGGCCCAGCUUCCAGCUCGUCAGGUUAGAGACAUUUAACGUUAACUACUGGCUGGGUUCGGUGUUUUGCGCCCUCGAAACAAAAGCAAGCUUGCAGCCUCCCCGAAAAGGUGCCCUGUUUGCCUUGUGGGACCACUUCAACCCGAUGCCUCCCGAGUUGCCUGGCAGCAUCCCUGCGACUGUGCACGCGGCGUUGGCGCUCUGGGCUGCGAUUCUUGGCGGACUCAUCCCAUCCGAUCCCGGCACCGCACAAGCCGGGCUGGGCCGUCGAACGGUCGGCCGGUCUUUUAGGAAGACAUUCGCAGCAGUUAUUCCAAGGCCAUGCAUGACCACAUGCGGUUGGCAUGAUGUGGGAGCUGGGGCGGUUAGCUAA